AUGGCGCACAACUUCGCACCCUACCAAAGCAGCCCUCCUGAAUCUACACGGGCACUGUCACCACCACUCCGCACAUCGACCUCGUCACCUCGCCCUGCUGUAGUCAGUCGCGCCCAAUCCAGCAUUGAAGACCCGUGGGCUGCAUCUCGCAUCUCACAACUUCCUUCGCCCUCAGCAUACGAUGAUCUCGAAGCCGCCAACACAAAUCAAUCGUCGCGGUUAAGAGGAGAUGGUUACUAUGUCUUCGAAACGAGCUUGGGAAUACGCAUGGACAUUGAGGCCUGUCUACCAUAUCUACUGCUGCCACCCGCAGGAGGUGUCGCCAUGCUGAUCUUCGAGAGAAAGAGCGACUACGUGCGAUUCCACGCGUGGCAGUCAAGUCUCGUUUUUGCUGCUUUGUUCGUCCUGCAUUUGCUGCUUUCGUGGUCUCGUUUCUUGUCCUGGUUGCUGUUCAUUGGCGACCUGGGCUUGAUUGUUCUACUGGUCUUCAGAGCCUACCGAGAUGCCGAGACUCUCGACCGAUUCGAGCUGCCCUUCUUCGGACGCCUGGCUAGCACCUACGUCGACCGCGAAUAG